AUGCAAUUAGAAUUUUUAUAAGCGCUUUAUUUAGUGGAUGGAUUGAUUUUGUUGUGGUUUAUUAAUUAGUGACUAAUGGUUUGAAAAAACAAUUAAUAAUUAAUGCAAUUUGAAGAACGAAAGAGCAUUGAAAUAGCUUAAACUGUUUUUUAAGAGCAGCUGAUGGAUUUCACCAAACUUAAGUCAAAUUAUUAUUUCCUCGACGACAAAGCUUACACAGAGGAUGACCUAUUAGUCUACAAUGUCACGGCGUAUCAGUUACAUGGCAAGGUCACCGAGUUGGAGCUUUAUAAGUACUUUUCGCAAUUCGGUGAUGUACUCAAGGUGUAUUUGAAGCGCGAUAAACAUGCCAUAGGCACCACAGAACCGCCUAUUGGUGUGGUCCAUUUUGCACAUCCACUGGCAGCCGCGAAGUCGCUCCAACGCUCCUGCCAUGAAUUGCAGAAGAAGCGCUUCUUUGUUAAUGCUUGCGAAAGUUGGGAGCAACCAGAAGCAUAUAAAGGUGGAGUUGACUUUAACGCACGCAUUGCUACGCUGAAUAUAAAUGGAGAUUUGAUUGAUUUUUACACACCUGUACGCACCAGUAUCUUACAACUGAAUGAUGAAUGCCUAGAAGCAAUUUGUCAAUAUUUGCCACUACGUGAUCAGAUACGUUUUUCACGCGUUUGUCGGCGAUUUCGUGAUAUUUUCAAGCAUACCUGCAAAUACGCUCCCAAAGUAUUCAACAUGACUCAAUUAAUCGGCAUGACUUUAUGGGAUAUACGUGAAUUCUUUGAGAUGGCUGGCGCUAAUAUAGAAGAGCUGAAUGGUGCGGUGCCUUAUAAUUAUCAAGAUCGCAUUGAUUUUAUUAGUGAGUUGAGUCCACGUGUGCGUCGUGUAAAUCUCAACUGUAACAAUGUAGAGUCAGCAAGCUUGUUGCGACUCUUGGAGCGUUUUCAUGCCGUUACCUAUGUGGAAUUGCACAACUUCUCGCUAAAUGAUAGCGCUGUGCUAGCCUUAAGAAAACUGCCCAAUUUGGUUGCUUUGGUAUUGGAUCAGAGUUUCGAGUUGACGGGCAAAAAUCUAAGUAAAUUAUAUCAGCUACAUGAGCUAAGCCUUUAUGGCUGCGAAAAUGUGCAAACUAGCCACUUUAUCGAUAUCUGCAAGUGCUUAUUUAAUUUGCGUUGCUUAGAUAUACGUCAUUGUAAAAUGCUCACAUCUCGCGCCUACACCGAAAUGGUGCGAAACUGUCGUCAAUUGGAACAACUUAAAAUCUCUUGCGAAAAGGAGGUAAAUUAUGAUUGUGUCGCACAACUACAUUCCUUGCGUCAACUCUCGGUGCAUUCAUUCGGGGCUGUGCGCGAAACUUUAUUCAUAGCAUUAUCGGCACAUAAGUCACAGCAGCUUGAACUACUCGAGUUAUCAGCAAGGAAUUGCAUCACACACGAACGUGCCAUUUAUCUAGCAAGGCUGCAAAAACUACGCAAAUUAAUCUGUCCAAAUAAUGACAAUCUAACCGAUGAGUGUCUCUUCGAAUUCGCCGAACGUCUGCCGCUGCUAGAAGAGCUUGAUAUACAUAAUUGCCGCGCGGUAACAAAUAUCGGACUUUUGGUGCUGCUGCGCCGUUGUACGCACCUCAAAUGUGUCAAUAUUGAGCAAUGUGAGGGUAUAACCGAUGACUUCGUUUACGAUGCCUGCGAUGUGCUGAAACAGAGUAGAUGGGAAUGUGAUGAGCCGGUGUUGUUUCGUAUCGCGGGCACUAGUGUACAUGAAGCUGUGGUUAAGGAUCUAUCAUGUGCAGACGUUGGUCGUUUGCUGCGUUUUUCUUUAAUAGAAGAGAGUUCCUAGUUAAACACUGGCGGUAGAAUUGGAAUGAUUUCUAGACUAACGACCAAAGGUUAAGUAGAGGAAAUAUUUGAAAUAUUACAUGCGCAGUAUAAACAGACAAAGAUAUUUGUCACGAUGUUCAUGGGAAAGCAUUUAAAAGACAUUAAAUUAAUACAUUAAAAAAAUAUGUUAUAUCACCGAAAGAAAAAAAUUAUUCAAAGAAAAGAUACACAACGCACAUACCGACAGCGAAAUAUAUCGCACGUUAAAUAAUAGAGAGUUAUUUAAAUAAGGAUUUUGUGACAAAACGCAAUCAAAGUUUGAUAAAUUCAUAUUAUGGGUAUACAAAAGUAUAAAAAGUUGGAAAUACACAUCUUCACCAUUUUUGGGAAGUUUAAUAAUCUGUUAGACUUAACAGAUUCUCUUAACGAAGCUUAUUAAUUCUAUGAAGAAAUAUCCAAAAACGUAAAUUUUGAUUUAAUUCUCUAUAUUAUGAAACGUGCGAAAUUAUCACUGGAUUAUCUUAAAAUUUUAACUACAAAAUGCUUUAUUGUUGUUAUAGAGCUGAAGAGAAUCAGUAGUUCACGAUUUUAAUACUUGGUUAAUAUAACUAACUUGUAAAAUGUUUAAAUAUUUAUUAACAUUUUUCGUGUUUGCAAAGACCUACUGAACAUGAAAACACUUUGAUAAUAAUUAAGUGCGAAACCAUUAUUUUGUUGUCCAAAUCCAUUUUAUUGUAUUACUAUUAUAUUCCACUAUCUAAGCUAUUCGAAAAGAAGACAUUUCGAAGCCAAAUCAUUUCUUGAAACUAAGCAUAUACAACCAAUGGAAAUUCGACUUUUAAUUGUGAUCCAGCUCCUUUGUGUGCUAAGCGUGAACCUAAAAAUACUGAACAAUAUUCAUAACUAACCUAUAAGGCUUAUUUAUCAUUCAUAAAAUUUAUGUCAUUAUAAAUGUAGCAUACAUACACCUGCGUUCAACUAAUUAGAAACGAAAUUCAAAAUGAUAUUGUUUGCAAAUUAUGUU